CUAAGUUACACGGCCAUGAAUAAUACAAGACUCAUCAUAAUGUAGGUGUAUAGUAUAAGAGAUGAUAAAAAUCAUAGUUCUUAAAUCUAUAAGAGAUUUAAUACAUUGGUGCUGAAAUUAUAAUGGUUCUCAAGUCAAAUGCAGUAAAAUAUGCCAGUGUCCAAAUUUAAAAGACUAAAAAAACCUCUAUCUCAAAUAGUCAUUGAAUUCUAAAUACAUCUGAAAUAAAUAUCAAAGAAAUUUAACGUUAUAGGGAAUAUGUAACUACUGACAUUUAUUGACACAGCACUUAACUACCAUUGUUGAUAAUUUAAUGGUAACCGUAAUUAUAAAGCUGCUAAGCAUUACGGACACAAACAUACAAGGUCUACAAAAACUGCGGGGACGUAAUAUAUUGGCAGCAUUUAGUUGAAGGCUUAAAGCUACUGUGGAGUUAAAUCGAACUAGCUGCCAAUUGCAUUGAUAUUACUUAUGACAAGUACAUAAUUAGCUUGACACUUAAUACAUAAGUCACUUAAAUAUGUUGCGUUAUAAUAUCUAUGUAUUUAUAAGUGAGAGAUGAUUUUAUAUAAGUUUUCUAAGUUACACGGUCAUGAAUAAUACAAGACUCAUCAUAAUGUAGGUGUAUAGUAUAAGAGAUGAUAAAAAUCAUAGGUCUUAAAUCUAUAAGAGAUUUAAUACGUUGGUGCUGAAAUUAUAGUGGUUCUAAAGUCAAAUGCAUUGAAAUAUGGCAGUGUCUAAAUUUGAAAGACUAAAAAAACCUCUAUCUCAAACAAUCAUUGGAAUCAAAUACAUGCGCCAUAAAUAUCAACCGCUUCGUAGCUCUAUAGGGAACAAACAGCAACUGACGUUCAGUAGCACUGUAGAUAACUAGCUUUUAGGACAAUUCGAUGGCACCCAAACUCAAACCAGACAGGGGGCGAGGCAUAAUGACAGCAAGUGAAUAUGACUAAGAUAUGUCAUGUAGAUAAUUCUUAUGGUAGUUUAAAUGAUGGUUUCUGAUGGUCAAUAGUAUAGUCGGUAGAUUAGUUUUGUAAAUGUACUUUACCCCAUAGCUUGCCUUCGAUCAAACUUAUUCGAAUUGUAAUGAUUUGCAUCUCCAUUGUUAGACUAAACAUUUUCAAUGAAGAACAAAAUUAAAUUCCGGAAAACUUGUCAAUUAAUUGUUAUUUUUUCCUUCAUUCUUUUAUUACUUCAGGUCUACUUUAUGCUGCAAGAAUAUGAAAAUGAAGCUACCUCAGAUAUACCAAUUGUUUUAUGGUGGACACCCUUUGGUUCCGAUGAACAAUUAAGAAAAUGUGGAGAUGUCAAAUGUUAUUUUACUAAGAAUCGAUCGGUUCUAACGAAUUCUCGACUUCAGGCCAUUUUAUUUUACGGCAGUAAUAUUGAAUUCAAUGAUUUACCAUUUCCUCGACAAACCAACGUAAGUUGGGGUUUACUUCAUGAAGAAUCUCCAAGAAAUAAUUUAAUUUUAGUACAAGAAGAAGCACUUCAAUUAUUUAAUUACUCAGCUACAUUUAGUCGAUUCAGCGACUUACCGAUCAAUUUGGUUGAUUUACCGAGCAAACAAGAGUUAUUAGAUAAAAAAUAUUUUUUGCCAACAUCGGAAAAAACGCAACUGAUGAAACAAAAAAAUUUGGCACCAGUAUUAUUUAUUCAAUCGAAUUGCGACACAAUGAAUGGCCGUGAUUUGUUUGUUUCUCAGUUGAUGAAAUAUAUUCCAGUAGAUUCUUAUGGAUCUUGUAUCAACAAUAAGCUUUUGCCGAAAGAAUUACAAGAAAACUAUCUCAAUAAACUGAAUAGUCGUGAAUUUUUGAAAUUUGUUGGGCAGUAUAAGUUCACUUUGGCAAUUGAAAAUGCGAUUUGUGAAGAUUAUAUCACCGAAAAAUUGUGGAGACCUUUAAUAGUCGGUUCAGUACCCAUCUAUUAUGGUUCGCAGUCGUUCAAGGACUGGCUUCCGAAUAAUCAUUCAGCCAUUGCUAUAAACGAAUUCAAAACUCCCAAAAUACUUGCAGAAUACUUGCGAGAGCUUGUAAAUGAUGACGUAAAGUACGAUAAUUACUUAAGGCAUAAACUAGUAAAAAAUGGCAUUACUAAUAGUUAUUUACUCAAUAUCUUACAAAAGAAACCAAAAAAUCUUUUUAACAAUUUUGGAUAUUAUGUCAAAAAAUUUGAAUGCUUUGUUUGUAAAAAAUCACUAUCUUCCAUUAAACCGCACACGGUAACGAAAAAACAUUAUAAUUGUUCCAAGCCAAGAAACAUUUAUACAAAUAAAAAAAAUCAAUGGUCAGUUAUGUGGGAAAUUGAGUCUUGUGCUGCGAAACUUUUGUAUCGUUUGUUUUCUCAGAACAAAACAAUCGAUAUCAAUAAAUUCCACAAAGAAAAAAUUAAAAUGUACAAAGACAAAAAAUGUCUUUAAUUGAAACCUUAGUAUUAAAAUAAAAAAGUCUUUUAUUUU